AGACGUCCCUUAUCUAGGGAACACAUCGUCUAACAAAUCCAACAUGGCUGCCGUUUCGAUGUAUGAAAUAUUUUGUGUACUGCUGGUCCUAACCGUUACGACACAAGUGUCUGGUGACUGUCCGAGUGGCUUUCUGGUACAUGCGAAUUCCUGCUACAUGGAUUUUAACAUCCAGGCCACGUGGGCUGAGGCCUCGAUGAUCUGCGACGUUUACGGUGGUUAUCUGGCUGAAAUCGGAGACGAGCAUGAGCAACACUUCAUAGCAGGUUACAUCUCAAGGAAAACAAAAAGUUCGUACAAGCCUGGUAUUUUCUGGCUCGGAGCGUCGGACCUCCUGACAGAAGGUGAAUGGAUGUGGUCAAACUCGGACACGUAUCUUACGUAUAAAAACUUCGCACCUGGGGAACCCAACAAUGCUGCUGGUGGCGAACACUGUUUGGAGUUCGAUUUCUCUGGCAACUUCCAAUGGAAUGACAACAAUUGUGAAAACCUCUACAAUUUCGUCUGUGAAGUCCCAAUGAAGAUAUCAACCGGUGGGAUUAUUGGUUGAGAAAAAAGGUUUGGACUUCACAAUGUAUAGUUAGCCUGAUUCAUAUUAAACAAAUAUACAUCUGUAUAUCA